GGGGGCUCUUGGCUCCCAUCUCUUUGCAGGUGACUGUCUUGGUGCUUCAGGGCCGGUUGGAUGAGGCACGACAAAUGCUGUCCAAAGAAGCUGAUGCCAACCCCUCCUGUGCAAGCAUGUGCCGCAUCCUUGGGGACCUGAUGAGGACAAUGCCCAUUCUCAGUCCUGGCAACACUCAGACGCUGACUGAACUGGAGCUGAAGUGGCAGCACUGGCGUGAGGAAUGUGAGCGGCACUUGCAAGACAGCACGUUCGCAGCCAGCCCCCGCCUGGAGGCUCUCUGCAAGAUCAUGCUGGGGGAUGAGGCCACCUUGUUGGAGCACAAGGAGCUUCUGAGCAACUGGUACCAUUUCCUAGUGACUAGGCUGCUGUAUUCUAACCCCACAGUGAAACCCAUUGACCUGCACUUCUAUGCCCAGUCUAGCCUGGACAUGUUUCUGGGGGGUGAGAGCAGUCCAGAGCCACUGGACAACAUCUUGAUGGCAGCCUUUGAGUUUGACAUUCACCAAGUGAUCAAGGAGUGCAGGUAAGGCACCCUCACUUUAACUGGGCUUUUUUGU